UCAAAGACUUACGAUUGGUCCUUGAGGAAGAUGCCGGUGGGAGGAUCGUUGAAGAUGAAACCUCGAUUAUUUGUUUUACUCUCCUUUUUCGCGUUUUUUCAUCAAAGUAUCAACGCUGAAAAUUUAAAACUAUGCGUGGUCGAGAGUGUUCACACGACGAAAAGGAUCCGUGGACUUUGCAAGCAGUUGGUAAUUUCAGGGAGCCCAAUAGAGUGUAUCAUAGGAAAUGAUAGAUUCAACUGCCUGCGGCGAUUAACCAUGGGCAAAGCUGACUUUACCGUACUGGAACCGGAAGAUCUGGUUGCAGCAUCCGCGUACAACGAAUACAACAUUCUAGUCACGAACGAACUAAGAGCAUUUCCAGAUGAAAAGCAACGUUAUGAGAUGGUAGUCAUAGUCUCUAAGGAGGUAAGAAAUAUAUGGGAUGUAAAAGGUAAAAGAUUCUGUCAUCCUGGACUGGAUACAACUGAUGAUUGGACCAAUGCAUUUUCUACGUACUUUGAAGAAUGGGUGAUAUUGAAAGAAUGUGAUCCAAAUAAAACAUUGUUGGAGAAUCGAAUGAACGGUUUGUCGAACUUCUUCGAGACAGCCUGUAUAGCUGGUCCCUGGACUGCUGAUACCACGUACGAUAGUAAAUUAAAAUCCAAGUACAGGAAUCUUUGCGCUGCAUGUGACAAUCCAGUUGGUUGUUAUACGACUGAUACAUAUCACGGUCGCGAAGGCGCUUUGUUGUGCCUCACUGAUAAUGCAGGCGAUAUUGCCUGGGUUAGAUUAAAUGAUACCUUGGAACAUUUUAAGGAUGAACGGAUUAACAAGGAAGAUUACAAGUACCUUUGUCCGGACGGUACGACGAGACCGGUGAAAUUUGAUAAACCAUGCGUAUGGAUCACAAAACCAUGGCCGGUGAUCAUCGCUAGAUCAGAGAUAGCGGAAAAAGUAGAGAUGAUGAUGCGUUCUUCGAAUAUGGACAAGUUUAGCCAAUUACUGGAGAAUUAUCAUCCGACGCCGGUGAGCACAGAUACUCUGGAAACGCCGGAAGACUUCCUAAUAAGAUUUCCUCGUUUCAUGAGUGCCAAUAAUCGCGCAACGUGUCACCCAUCGAGAAGAGUAAGAUGGUGCGUCGCGUCGAAUUUGGAAGAAAAUAAGUGUCGAUGGCUCAGAGAAGCUUCGAUCGUGUAUGGUGUGGAGCCAGCAAUUUCCUGCAUCCAGGAAUUGACCAGAGCAGGUUGUUUGAAAGCUGUUAAAACCGAACGAGCGGAUAUAUUUGUUGCAAGGCCGGAAGAGCUGUUUGAAGCUAGAAAAAUGAAUCUAAAAACGAUGGUGCAGGUGAUACCUAAAAGAAACAACGAAUUUGUUAGGAUUGCGGCAGUCGUGAAAAGGGAUUCAUGGAUCAAGAAUUUAAAAGACCUGAAGGGGGCCAAAGCAUGUUUCACGGGAUAUCGAGACGUUGGAUGGAAUGCUUUUGUGACUACUUUGAAGAAUAUAUCAGCUACAGAUUACUGCCCAGAUACAGAAGCAGUUUCUAAGUUCUUCACAGAGAGUUCUAUUGUUGGUUUGAGCGACAGUGACGGCCAAAUGCCGUAUAAUUUACAUGCCUUGAAUAAACAAGCGAACGGAAUUGAUAAAGACUUGAUUGCUUUUGACUGUAUGAUGUCUAAUGUCGGAGAUGUGGCUUUUGUUAAUUUGAAGAGUAUCGAAGGAAAAAUUGGUAAUUUAGUACAAAAACGUGGUAAUCAGGCAAGAAAUACCAAGUACCGAACUCUAUGCCUCAAUCAGAUCGAUUCGGAUGAAAUGUGUUUGCUUACGUGGGCUCCGUUGGGCAUGGUGGUAACGCAUGAAAAUAUAACAGACUUAAGACGAGAAGAAAUUUACUCAAUGCUGUUGGAAAUGGACAAACUUUUCGGAAGCAGUUUCAAGGGCCCAACGCCUGCUUUUUCCAUGUACGGAAUAUACGAUUCAAAUCAUAGUAUUAUAUUUCCGAAACAGAGGUGCAGCCAUGUUCAUCUGUAUAAAUGCCACAGCCGAUUAUCGUACCGAUUGCGCUUAAAGAGCCAACCGGUUUCCCGGGGUCACCAGCUGUCGAUGUUCCGCUUGCAAGUCGCUUUUUACGAUCGUAUGCAACUACUCCAACCGCACUAACCUGAUAUUCAUAUUCUCCAAUUAUAUUUUAUAAAACCUGAGGGCUUACAAAAUUUUAAAAACUAAGAUUAUACAUAUAUAAUUUUCUAACCGGCCUAAUAUUACCUGUAAAAUCAUUGGAUCAUCCCAAUCUGUUAAAUCGCUUGAUAAUACACAGUACUCUUCUCCGUCUAAAGAUCGAUUUAUAAAGCAAUCCGAAUCACAUUCUUUUUUCCUAUUCUCGUCAUCAUCAUUCCAUUUAUUUUCUUCAUUUUCUUCUUCAUUCAUACAGUAUGUCAAAGAUUCGAAGCUUGAUGAAUUGGCUGUGUUUAAACUUCCUGGCGGUAAAAUUGGAAUUCCGUUGUCCAAAGCAAACUUUUGAGCUCCAUUUUCAACGAUUAGAACAUGUCCCGUUUUCUCUAAUACUUUUCGUGCUAUCGUUAGAAAUUGAAAUCGGAAGUUACAACGAAUCGUUAAAUAUUGAUGUUAAAUGGAAAUUACAACGGAUCAUCAAAUAUUGACUCGUCAGUCAAAAUGUACCCAAAGAAAUAGGAUGUUCUAUGUCACGAACAGCGCCUACACAUCCAGCAUCGCGUGUUGUCAUUAUAGCAGCAUCUGUGACAAUUUCAUCGUUAACGUUCAAGGAACCUCCUUUCGCGCAAUUAAAAAGCGGCCUGCUUUCCAUAUAAGCAACUGCUUUUUCUACUGCAUCUGUCGCUGAUUCGCCGUUAAUAAGAUCGCAGUAUGCCUCAAUGGCGGCAUUUUUAACCUAUUUGAACGAACAAAAAUCUUCAUUUAUCAUGAUUUAUUAAAUGAAGUCGUUGUAUAGAAAUGAUGAUCGUUUUAUCAACGCUCACGUAUAUUUUAUAAAUAAUUACUUUUUCUUUUUAUAAAAAAAUGAUAUAUAUAUAUAUAUAAAUAUCAUUUGGAAAGUAAUAUUUUUCAAACCUCGAAGAGCAUGCGUUUAUGUUUCGCCCGAGGAAUUUUUCCAGCGCCCCCAUGAACUACUAUAACUGGAUCAGUGUAGAUACGACGUUUCUUUUUGUCUAAUUUUGACUCGUAUUUGAUUCUCGCUAAAAUCUGAUUGAUCCAAGAGCAAUAAUCGCACAUUGUGAAUGAAUAACAUAAAAUUUUACGGCGGGGAAUAAGUUUAUUAAAACAGGUUUAUGUUAUUUAAAAACAAA